CAUGUAACAGCAGUUGCCUCAGUCGCUGUGAUAAACAUGGAUCUGACUGUAGAAACUGAUCAGAGAUCAGUUUGUUACCAGUAACAGUGGAUGUGAUGUUUCCUGUUUGAUGUCUCUGAUGCCAUGAUGCCUGACGUCUUGUGACGGGUUUUGAAGCUUCUUCUUCUUCUUCUCAUCCUAUGUCACAGAAAGAUGGGGAAGUACAUGCAGCUCCUGAGCUUUGACAGGUACAUGGAGGACUUUGGGGGAGAGACGGAGUUCUUCCCCAUUCUGGAUGAGAUCUUUCAGGAACACCUGCCCAUUCCUUUUCUUCCUCCACCUUCUCCUCUUGGACGUCCUCCCUCACCUUUCCUCCAUUCUUUUUCUCCUCCUCCAUCUCCUUUUUUAGCCCCUCCACUUUCUCCUACUGCUUUUCUUUACCUCCCACCCUCCCCACCUGUUGUUUCUUCUCUGCCUUCACCUCACACUCCCACUGUCCCUUCUCUGCCACCAUCCCUUCUUCCUGGCACUCCACCUGCUGCUCCCGCUUCUGCUCCAGUCUCCAACCCAAACAAGAGAAAGCGUGAGCACCAGCAGAAGGACCAUCCCUAUGUGAAGAAGCCACCAAAUGCCUUCAUGAUCUUCCUGCAGGACCAGAGGCCAAAGGUGGUGGCUGAGCUGCAUCUGACAGACAGCGCUGCUGUCAACGCCGUCAUGGGCCAGAGGUGGAGGGAAAUGUCUCCUGAGCAGAGGAACGUCUACUUCGACCAGGCUCACAAGGAACAGAGGCUCCACGAGCAGCAGCAACCAGGCUGGGUCCCCAACUACAACCGCCCUUCAUGCUUCACACCUGGUCCUCUCAUCAAGCCCCAGCCAAACCCAGUUUCCACAGCAACCCCAGCCUGCAUCUCAUCAGCUUCAUCCACUUCAUCUGCUCCUGACUCCUCAGCUCAUCACACACACCUGCUUCCCCUGCUACUUAAGAACCAGCCAUCCAACCAUUCAGUGCCAGAUUAUUGAACGCUCACGCCAGUAAAUCUUCCAGCCUUUUUUCAUCCUGCCUGAUCAUAGCCUCCUGACCUUGUCUCCAUGCCUGACCCUUUCCAAGAACUCUGCCUGCCUCCACGACCCUCGCUUGUUCACAGACUCUGUCUCCAGCCUCGCCCUUUUCGGGUAACGCCACGUCUUAGCUCCUGGUUAAUAAAGACUUUGAA